AUGUCUAUUAACACAGGAUGGUUGCAGCAACCUACCAGAUCUGACCAACAGCAUCUCAGUAAUGCGAUUGUAAUAAAAGCGGAAGAUCAACAUUUAUUUCUUCAAGCAACCGAUUCAUCAGGCCAACAACGAGGUUUAAUUAAAAUUCCGACAAGUUCUGUAGUUGGGAAAUGCUCCAUGUUUACUCAAACAGAGCCAACGAAUAGAUUUACUCAAACUGAAUCAACUCCACUCACCUAUAGGGGAGAUAACGGGAGGGGUAAUGAAACUACGACUACUGCCACAGCUAUUGCCAUGUUUGAACCAGCUCAAGUUCAACCUCAGGUUUACAUUGCAACAGCAGUCGAGAAAAAAGAUCCAGAUUGCAAAACGGAAUUCCCUUUCUGUUAUAACGUCAAUAUGAUUCAAAAAGUUCCAGUCCAAACAACCACAGGCACGACGGUUGGUACUGCUGUAGUGGAUGACAAAGGAUGUUAUCGUUUGGAUGUUGGUCAACCAUUUUCAUAUAACUAUGCAUUAGUCAAUCAAAUGUCACUGGCAGCUGCUACCUCAUUCAAAUGUGAUGUAUGUGGUUUAGCUUUUGCACAUAUCUCGUUAUUAAAUCAUCACAAACGUGUUCAUGCUCAGAAUUCGGGUCCAACACAGCAAUUACAGUCACAGCAACAGAAUGCAGAGCAACAAACGGGUCAGCAACAGCAAUCGCAGCAACAGCAACCUCAACAGCAGCAAAAUAGACAAUAUAAUUGUGACAUUUGCGGAAUGUCUUUCAAUUUAUCAGGGGAACUUAAAAGUCAUAAAAAUGCUUUACAUAAGGAUCAUCAGGUUACUAUGAGUGAGCCAGAGCCCAAAAUUUCAGUAACGAGGUCGUGUGAAAUUUGUGGUUUGGAAGUUACAAUGAAUCACAUAGCCGGGUUAAAAAGAAAGAAAUUUAAAUGUUCAAAUUGCUUGGAGUCUUUUCAUUUAAAACACAUGGAAAAUAACACGAGUAGUUUUGGCGGAAGUGGAAAUUCGGGCAAUAGCGCGACCACUUCGUCCUCAACGGGAGGAACGAAACCGGGUCACCAUCCAGUGAAAAAGCGGGGAUUGCCUUGCGUGACAAAGUGUCAACAGUGUAACGGAUCUGGAAUAAUAUUUAUCGGGGGAUCAAAAAAUCAUAAGUUAAGUCAUGCCGAAAAAACAUUUCAGUGCAAUAUAUGUGAGGGGACAUUUUCUAGAUAUUCAAGUUUGUGGUCUCAUAAAAGACUUCACACGGGUGAUAAACCGUUUAAAUGUUUGCGUUGCGGGCUGUGCUUUGCCAAGGCAGCGUACCUUAAAAAUCAUAGUAGAGUACACACGGGAGAAAAACCUUUUAAAUGUAACACAUGCGGAAUGCAAUUUUCCCAGUCUCCUCAUUUGAAAAAUCACGAAAGGAUUCACAGCGGCGAACGGCCGUAUCAAUGCGAGAUUUGUGAAAAAACAUUUGCCAGACAUUCAACCCUGUGGAAUCAUAGGGGUAUACACACGGGAGAAAAACCUUACAGGUGUAACGUGUGCGAUUCGAAAUUUAAUCAAGCAACUCAUUUAAAAAAUCAUUCAAAGGUUCACACGGGUGAAAAACCUUUCAAAUGCGACAUUUGCGAAGUUAGUUUUGCCGAUCGAUUCGCAUUGAAACGACACAGGAGCGUACACGAAAAAUAUGCUCGAACGGCAACGAAUCAAGCAGCUGCUCAAGGCAUAAUAAAACUCGAAGGUAAAAUAAAAGAAAAAAUUAAAGAUGAUUAUAAAAAAAUGGAAGAAAAGAAAAAGAGAAAUGGUAAUUCCGUAAACGCCAACGCGACGGUAUCCGUAGAUUUAAGCAUGGGACAAAUAUUUAAAUGCGAAGUUCCUUGCGAUCCUUGUGACGUAGCAUUUCCAGGAUGUUCACGUGGACAGGAUACGAAGCAAUAA